CGAAUUGGUGGUGGGAUAAGGUCUUAUAGAGAAGGAAAUCGACGUGCGAUAACUUUCUUUCGCUGCCGACAGUUGAGUCUCGUCUCGAGUCGUCUUCCAUUCGCGUCAUGCGUUUCUAUUAGUUCCAGUUCUUCUGAGCCGGGUGCGCGCGCGCGUGCCGUGUGUGUGUGUGUGCUACAAUUUCGUAUCGAGGCGUCCGCGUUACUUUUACGCGCAUUCCGAUACGUGUGUUUGCUUACUUAAGUAUCUAUAGAUACGGAAGACAAUACAGAUUACUUUGGAUUUAAUUUUAAGAGUUUAAUAGUCCAGUAGAUUAGUGAAGAUGUUGGUGAAGACGUUGUGGUUGUUGUUUCUUGCUCGUAUCGGUGGUGAGACGCGGUAUCUUUUACCGGAAGUACCGGAAGUCAUGCAUCCGCCGAUUCCUGACGUUAUGCGGAAUUACAACGACACCGACGAUUUCUUCGAAAAUGUCGACCCGGAAGUCACACCUGGACUUUUCCAGGGCGAUAUGGCAAUGACCAAUGAAGUUUACAACUACUGGCGAGUCGGUCUUAAGUGGGACGUAUUCCCUGACAAAUUAUGGAAGAAUGGAAUCGUUCCCUAUGCUAUCAGUCCACUUUACGAUCCUAUUGAUCAUGUGACGAUUUACAAAGCAAUACGGACUUUAAAUUUCAUGACCUGUGUGAAAUUCAUCCCGUGGAAUGGCAAAGCAAAAGAUUAUUUGUUAAUUUGGCCAAUUCAACAUCCGAAAGGUUGUUGGUCGUUUGUGGGACGUUACGGUGGGACGCAAGUUGUGUCGCUGCAACCUCCGGAUGAAAAUGGUCCCAAUUGUUUGGGCACUGAGGGACGGGCUAUACAUGAACUAAUGCAUGCGUUGGGUGUGUUUCAUGAGCAAUCACGAUGGGAUCGAGAUAAAUUCGUCAAGAUUCAUUACGACAAUAUUAUUCCAAGAUACAAAUCAAACUUUGAUAAACAAAGCCUCGAAAACACCACCUAUAGCUUUGAAUACGACUACAAUUCAAUCAUGCACUACGGCCGUUAUUACUUCAGCAAAAACCGUGGCAAACCAACGAUAACGUCCAAAAUGCCGCACGUGACCAAGCUGGGCCAACGCAAAGCAAUGUCAAAAGGUGACUGCCUCAAACUCAACGAUCUCUACGGCUGCCUCGACAACCCUAAGCUAAAGAAGAAGUACUACAACAUUUGUAAUUUCAUGGGUGUAUAAUAUAAACAUUUAAAACAGA